UCUUUCAUAAGCUUGCGAUACAGAGAAAGCACCUGGGCUGUAGACGCUGCCAUCUUGCAAAAAACGCUCCGACCUUCGGUCGUGCUUAGGACCUCGAUUAAAUGUGGCAUAUCUUCGGUCUUCUCCAAACAAUCCACCGUUCCACAGUGGUAAAAGGCAGCCGGAAGGAUUCAGGCCAGUGGGUGACCAGAACUGAAACACAACUAUACCCUCUUCCUCGCUCCUCUCAUCCCACAGAUCGUGAGCCCAAAGUCUUCCGUACCAUUCACCCUGGAGAGGUCCAUGGAGCAGGUACCAUGAGGCUGCACUGCAGGAUCCUUCCCCUCUUCCUUCCUAUCCUCAAGCCCCUAGCACGUCAUAGGCCGCUCUGCUGCCUCCCAGCCAAUGGCAGGCCAACCACAGCCCCCAGACUCUUCCCCUCCUCCUGUCACCUGACCACUGAUGUCCCCUCCUCUCAGCCCCUGGUUGGCCAAGAUACAACGGUCAAAGUUAUGGGCUACUCCUACCCUCGUGAUGACUUUACCAACGUGACCAGCAAGAUCCUGGCCAAGGUGGGCUGCAACCUGCACAACCAAGCCCACCAUCCUAUCUGGCUCAUCAAAGAGCGAAUCAAAGCCCACUUCUACCGUGCCUACAUCAUGCGCUCUGGCAACCCGCUUUUCUCGGUCCAUGACAACCUCAGUCCGGUGGUGACGACGGAGCAGAACUUUGACAGCCUGCUCAUCCCGCCCGACCACCCCAGCCGGAAGCGAGGCGACAACUACUACCUCAACCGGGGCACCAUGCUGCGAGCUCACACCUCCGCCCACCAGAGGGAGCUGGUGUGCUCGGGGCUGGACGCCUUCCUGCUAGCGGGUGACGUGUACCGAAGGGACGAGAUCGACGCCAGCCACUACCCCGUGUUCCAUCAGAUGGAGGGGGUACGCCUCUUCUCCAACCACGAGUUGUUUGCCAAGGUGUCGAGUGGAGAGGACCUGUCUCUCUUUGAGAGCGGGGGGCACCGGACCCCUCAGAAGCAGGAGACACACACUCUGGAGGCAGUUAAGCUUGUGGAGUUUGAUCUGAAACAGACCCUCGACCGUAUGGUCAGACACCUGUUUGGAGAAGAGCUGGAGAUCCGCUGGGUGGAGUGUUACUUCCCCUUUACCCAUCCCUCCUUUGAGAUGGAGGUGCGUUUCCAGGAGGACUGGCUGGAGGUGUUGGGCUGUGGAGUAAUGGAGCAGGAGCUGGUGCACUCUGCGGGAGUGAGUAACAAGAUGGGCUGGGCAUUUGGACUGGGCCUGGAGCGCCUGGCCAUGGUGCUGUACGGGAUCCCUGACAUCCGCCUCUUCUGGAGCCAGGACGACCGCUUCCUGAAGCAGUUUUGCCUGCCCAGCAUCAACGACCCAGUCACCUUCCAACCCCUCAGUAAGUACCCACCUCUGAUCAACGACAUCUCCUUCUGGCUACCGGCCGAGGGCUACACAGAGAACGACUUCUAUGACCUGGUGAGGAGCAUCGGAGGAGACCUGGUGGAGAAGGUCACCCUGGUUGACCAGUUCAAACAUCCAAAGACGCAGAAGCACAGCCACUGUUACCGCAUCACCUACCGCCACAUGGAGAGGACCCUGACCCAGGAGGAGGUGCGUGUUCUCCACGCCGCCAUCGAGCACACCGCCGAGCAGGAACUGGGCGUGAAGGGGCGGUACUGAGACCCCCUCCGCCGCACCCUCCCCUGGGUCAUGCUCAGUAGGCGGUAAACAGGAAAAAUCGGUUUAAAACCUGGCAAAAUGGAAAAGUACUACCCACAUAACCAUGACUUACACAUUUCAAGCGGACGGACUUCGGCUGACUCUGUUCUCGGCUCUCAUAGAGACACGAGGGGAAUCCUACGGACCAUUCCUGGGGUUCCUCUUGGUAGUACAACAAUAAUGCAAGUGGUUGUAGUACCUACAGACGUAGGAUCUUAAUUUGAUUACCAUUUUGUUGUUGAGAAUUCUGUAGUGUAUUCAAAGUUUAAAAACUUUUCUGAAGUUUUUCAUUUUCACUUUACAAUGUCAGACUUGAUUUGCCCCAACGAAAAAUGUAUAAACCCCUAACGAAAAGGUCCAGAAAUUAUAAUCACCAUAAUAAUUCAUAUUAUUCAUACUAUUUUCCUGCUGUAGCCCUGAGCUAACUCACCUGAUUCAAGUAGUCAAGGACUUGAUCAUUAGUUGUCAAGUUGAAACAGGUGUGCUAGCUCUGGAAUAGUUCAAAUACAUGGAACGGAUGGCUGUCCCUGAGGAGAGGUGUGGUACGAGACUAUAGGUAACGACUAGACCUCCUUGAAAGUGUCCUUCAAUGUGACUGUUAGAUAGUGGUUGAGUUUGAGUUGAGGCCGACGAACGAACACAAUACAGUCCUGUUGAUGAUUCAAUCGACAUUUGUAUUUGUAAUAUUUUCAUAAAAGAUGUGUUAUUAGGAGUGAGGAGGGGAUGUGUUGGUACACUACCUGAGAAGCAUUGUAAUAAAAGCCACUAUUGUCUCAGUGCUGGGUGAAAGUACAAAGAGUGUUCUUUAUGUCCUUUUGCGUAACAGGUGAUUUCAAAUAAACCGUGACGUUUGGUUAAAGUC